UCAGCAUCUCACGUGACAUCUCCGCUUAUGACGUCACCACGCAGGGCACUCUGGUAAGAAGUUGAGGCAGAAUGAAAGUGAAUAAGGUCUCUCUCCGCGUGUGAGCAGUCGCCGAAGAGUCGAGCUCAGAGACGAGCUGGAUGAUGCCUCAUGGAGAUGUCCGCUGCACCACAGCGCCCGAGAGCGACGCCCAGUGCGAGCAGUACCGGCCGCUCGCGCUGGAAAAAGUGGAGAAAGGAGCGCCUCAAAGCUGUUGUACCGCGGUGUCGCGGCGGCUGAAGAAGCACUGCUCUUGCUCUCCGCAGAAGGUCAAGGCCAAGAUCCUGAGCUUUGUUCCUGUUUUAAAAUGGCUGCCACGGUACCGGCUGAGAGACUGGAUCCUUGGCGACAUCAUGUCCGGACUCAUUGUGGGAAUCUUAUUGGUCCCCCAGUCCAUCGCUUACUCCCUAUUGGCUGGCCAGGACCCCAUCUACGGACUCUACACGUCCUUCUUCUCCUCAAUCAUCUACACGCUGUUAGGAACCUCCAGGCAUAUCUCUGUGGGCAUUUUCGGGGUGCUUUGCCUGCUUGUGGGUCAGGUGGUGGACAGGGAGUUGGCAGUGGCGGGGUACCUCGGCGAGGGGAUGGGGAGUAACAACAGCGCCGCCCUCCUGGAAGCCCACGGGAACGACAGCACGGUGGCGGGGUGUGAUAAGAGCUGCUACGCAAUCGCAGUGGGGGCGACGGUCACGUUCACCGCCGGUGUCUAUCAGGUGCUGAUGGGCGUUUUCCAGGUUGGCUUCGUAUCAGUCUACCUCUCAGACUCCCUCCUGAGCGGCUUCGCCACCGGAGCCUCCCUGACCAUCCUCACCUCCCAGGUCAAGUACCUCCUGGGCUUGAAGAUCCGCAGGCCGCAGGGCUGGUUCACGCUGUUCAAGACCUGGUUCGGUGUGCUCUCCAACCUGGGCCAAACCAACGUGUGCGACCUGCUGACCAGCCUGGUGUGUCUGCUUGUGCUGGUGCCCACCAAGGAGCUCAACAACCGCUUCAAGGCCAAGUUGAAGGCUCCAAUCCCCUUUGAGCUCUUUGUUGUCAUCAUCGCAACGCUGGCUUCUCAUUUCGGCCGCUUCAACACCGACUACGGUUCCGACGUAGCCGGGGACAUCCCCACGGGCUUCCUCCCGCCGCAGCUCCCGUCAUGGUCCCUCAUCCCCAACGUGGCUGUUGACGCCUUCUCCAUCGCCCUGGUGGGAUUCGCCAUCACUGUAUCGCUGUCCGAGAUGUUCGCCAAAAAGCACGGCUACCGAGUGGACGCCAACCAGGAGAUGUACGCCAUCGGUUUUUGCAACAUCAUACCGUCGUUCUUCCGCUGCUUCACCACCAGCGCCGCUCUCACCAAAACGCUGGUCAAGGAGUCGACGGGUUGCCAGACACAAGUUUCGGGGCUGGUUAGCGCCGUGGUCCUGCUGCUGGUGCUGCUGGUCAUCGCGCCGCUCUUCUAUUCCCUCCAGAAAUGCGUGCUAGCCGUCAUCAUCGUGGUCAACCUCCGUGGUGCGCUGCUCAAGUUUGCAGAGGUCCCACGCAUGUGGCGCGCCAACCGCGUGGAUGCUUCCAUCUGGCUCGUUACCAUGGCAACGUCGGCGCUGGUCAACACGGAGCUGGGUCUCCUGGUGGGGGUUCUCGUCUCCGCUUUCAGCGUCCUUGCCCGAACGCAGCGGGCGCAGGCGCUGGAGCUGGGCCGCACCCCCAACCGGGACCACUACGAGGUCCUGGCCUUGUACCACGGUCUCCAAACUCACUCGGGCGUGGCCGUGUUUCGAUACGCCGCCCCCAUUUAUUACGCAAAUCAGACUUUGUUUAAGAAGUCUUUAUACCGCCACGUGGGGCUCGACCCCGUGAAGGAGAAGAGCCGCCGCAUGAAGCGCGACAAGGAAGGAGUCCGGUUCUCCGCCACUGAAGCGCCACGUAAAGAAGACGGCGAAAGUACCGCCAAUGUGACUUUGAUGCUGGAUAAGAAAUCUCAAAGUACUUUACACGGCUUAGUGCUGGACUGCAGCGCCGUUUUGUUCCUCGACACCGCCGGCGUCAACGCGCUGAAGGAAGUACGCAAAGAUUACGGCGAGCUCGGCGUCACGGUGGUACUGGCUCAGUGCGGCAACGGCGUCCUGGACGCGCUUCGACGAGGCGGAUACAUGCCGGAAAAACAAGGCGGGGAUGACGGGUUGAUAUUUUUCACCAUCGCCGAUGCCGUCCAUCAUGUGCAGCACAUGCCCGUACCCAAUGGCGACGACCAUGGCGGAUGCUGACAUUCAUGUUUACAUAAAGUUACUGCUAGUGCCUCUCGGGCACCAUUUUAAAACAAAUAUAUUUCUUAGCCAAACUCAAAAAUACUUUUUAUACAAAUAUAUUCUGGAACCAAGUAACCGCGUUCCCAAGUGUUCCCAAGGAAGAUCUGGUUUCUGUCGUUAGUCCAAGACUGCAUUGCACUGUAUUUGAAUCACGCGUACUGACAUACCGAUUUAUAAAUAGGUGUACCGUUACACGACUCCCUAUUGGCUAGUUACUGACAUUACCAUGUCACGGUGGUAGUAUUUCAAGGGUUGCUGCCUCCUGCUGGAAGAAGUUGAUAUUGCAGGUUUUUUAUAUUGAGAUUACAGUGACAGGGCGGCACGGUGGUGUAGUGGUUAGCGCGCAGAAUUCACAGCUAGGGUUCAAUUCCACCCUCGGCCAUCUCUGUGUGGAGUUUGCAUGUUCUCCUCCCGUGCAUGUGUGUUUUUUUUUUUUUCCCGGGUAUUCCGGUUUCCUCCCACAUUCCAAAAACAUGCUAGGUUAAUUAAUUAGCGACUCCAAAUUGUCCAUAGGUAUGAAUGUGAGUGUGAAUGGUUGUUUGUCUAUAUGUGCCCUGUGUUGGCUGGCCACCAGUCCAGGGUGUCUCACCCGAAGUCAGCCGUGAGUGAGCCCUUUUUUCAGUUAUAGAGCCUCUUUGUCUCGGUGGGUGGAGGCGGGGCCGCUAGCAUACACACAGAGUGCAGAAGAGUUUAAUAUAGUAAAAAUUAUAUUAUUAUUAUUGUCAUAUAUUUUUUUAUUGUUCUUCAUUGGGCAUGGCGGUCAUGUGGUUAGCGUGCAGACCUUCAGAGCUAGGAGACCAGGGUUCAAUUCCACCUUCGGCCAUCUCUGUGUGGAGUUUGCAUGUUCUCCUCGUGCAUGUGUGGGUUUUUUUUUCCGGGUACUCCAGUUUCCUCCCACAUUAAAAAAAAAAAAACAUGCUAGGUUAAUUAGCGACUCCAAAUUGUCCAUAGGUAUGAAUGUGAGUGUGAAUGGUUGUUUGUCUAUAUGUGCCCUGUGUUGGGUGGCCACCAGUCCAGGGUGUCUCACCCAAAGUCAGCCGUGAGUGAGCCCUUUUCUCAGUUAUAGAGCCUCUUUGUCUCGGUGGGUGGAGGCGGGGCCGCUAGCAUACACACAGAGUGCAGAAGAGUUUAAUAUAGUAAAAAUUAUAUUAUUAUUGUCAUAUUUUUUUUAUUGUUCUUCAUUGGGCAUGGCGGUCGUGUGGUUAGCGCAGAUAGGGGACCAGGGUUCAAUUCCACCCUCAGCCAUCUCUGUGUGGAGUUUGCAUGUUCUCCCCGUGCAUGUGUGUUUUUUUUUUCCGGGUACUCCGUUUUCCUCCCACAUUCCAAAAAAAAAAAAACAUGCUAGGUUAAUUAGCGACUCCAAAUUGUCCAUAGGUAUGAAUGUGAGUGUGAAUGGUUGUUUGUCUAUAUGUGCCCUGUGAUUGGCUGGCCACCAGUCCAGGGUGUACCCUGCGCCUCUCGCCCGAAGACAGCUGGGAUAGGCUCCAGCAUAGCCAUGACUCUUGUGAGGAUAAGCGGUAGAAAAUGAAUGAAUGAAUGUGCACUUGGGGGGGGGCGUACAACAAUGAAUCUUGCACACAAUAAAACUAAAAUAAAGUAAAAUUCCAACAACAUGCAUGCUAGGUUAAUUCAUCGGCGACUCCAAAUUGUCCAUAGGUAUGAAUGUGAGUGUGAAUGGUUGUUUGUCUAUAUGUGCCCUGUGAUUGGCUGGCCACCACUCCAGGGUGUACCCCGCGCCUCUCGCCCAACCAAAGACAGCUGGGAUAGGCUCCAGCACCCCCCCCCCCCCCCGCGACCCUCAUGAGGAAAAAAGCGUGUUUACUGAUGUUUUGAUGCCAAAGUAGGGGUUUUUGUUUUGUUUACUUUAAUAUGUUAUAAAGUUUCAUGCAGUAGUUGCGCAAAAAAAAAAACAAAAAAAAACGCCAUGACAAUGCGACAUCCUUAAAAGUUCCUUUGCCGUGUUUGCCGAGCUGAAACCCCAUCGGUGCAUCGCCCUCAGCAAACACGGGACAAAACGGCACAAAGGUCACACGUCCAGUAAAAGCACACUUUUUUUUUUUUUUUUU